ACUUCCUAAUAUCUGAAAUGCAUGCUUCCAAAGUAGCUAACAAGUGUCUGCUGAAUGACCCAACUUAAAAGAUGUAGGGCUGAGAGGUCAGGAUAAUUAUACAGUAUGGAACUAAAGUUACCCACUUAACCCAGAGAUAUAAUACAUAAAACACAGUAAUUGGAUAUAAGUAGUAUGUAGGCUUUUCUUAACGCCCACCAGUACCGAAAUUUGAAUAUAAUCAAAUAAUGAACGUCUUCAGUCUAAUCAAUGAGGCAAGUGAGGAAGGAGUUUUACACCGAUCUUAACACACAAUACAUCUUAAUGUACAAGCUUGUCAUUUAAACCCACCCACUCUCUGAUGUAGUAGCUGAACGAAAACGAAAUGAUUUAGCAACCUGAAAUCAAGGUUUGCCAAUACAUGACAAGUGAGGCAUGUAGAAAGAAUGUAUGAAUUAAUAGUACACGUGUGAGUUUGAUUUGGAAAUAUAGGACUAUACAGUAUGUCAACAUAAUACUUCCUGUUCGAAAUAAAAGUAUAAAGAUGUCCUCAUUUUGGCCACACAAGGAGUGGUAGAAGAUUUGGAGAGUAAUAUUAUGGCAUUCAACUUCAAGACUUUUUACACUGUGUUGGUAUUGACACUGACAGGUACAUGGUCAUACAAAUCAAAUGCAGGUGGACAUGCUCUCCCAGGCAUCUCCUACACCGGACGGGUAACAGCUGGAUACGAGACGACCUUCACAUGUAUAUCCGCCAACUGUGUCCCACAAUGCACCUACACCUGGGUGCUGAAGGGGCGCACUUUGAAUGGCAAUACGUUGACCUGGACCCCAGACGGCCUGGACCGCAUUGUGGAGCUCCAGUGUACUGCGGUCAACUCGGAGAGUGGCAGUUCUAAGAGCACAGUGACCAUCUUGGAAGUGACAAACCCAGUUUCCGUCAGGCCCAGCCCAACGUUGUCUCUCCCCAUCCUCAACCAGUCCUUUAGCCUGGAAUGUACCGGAUCCUCCCCUGGCCUGCCAGUACUAUGGUACCAAGACGGACAGACUGUUGCUCCAGACGUCAGGUUGGGCCUGCUUAAACACAACACCUCCCUGCACUUCAACUCCCUGCUGCUCUCCGAUGGUGGCUUCUAUCAGUGUGAAGCAACCAUGGCAAACCUUGCUCAAAGCAAGGUCAUAAGCUUGGGCUACUUGCUAAGCUUUGAUCACUGGAAUGUUACUAUAAGUGGUCCUGACACUGUGUUCCCUGGGAGAAAAUACACAUUUACCUGCGAGACGACCUGCAACAUUGGCGUGGACUGCUCCAUCCGCUGGCCACUCAGGGGGAGCAUACUCACUAGCACUUACUUCUCCGUUAGCAGAAACAUUCUCAAAUGGAUCCCAUCUGUGACUGGUACGGUCCAGAACAUCACCUGCGUGGUCGAGAACACAGCAUUUGGACGAUCUGCGGAGUUCACUAAGACAGUGAAAGUCACAGGUUCCGUAGUAUCAGGAUCAGAUAGGGUGAGGCUGAGUGGAGUUGUUGCACUGAUCCUCUGUGUGGGUCUGCUGUUCCUUCUGCAUUCCUGAAGAGGGGGCUAUACGACCACGGCAGAUGGGAAUGGCGGAGGGAGGAGAUUCUUCAAUGAGGCCAGGUUCACCUUCAGAACGAUCAAACUAAAACAUUGGAAAUUCUUAAUCAAUAAUUCUUGAUGAGUAUUUUUUAGCCUUUCUGUUUAGAUUACCUUAGUAAAAUAAAUUGCCAAAUUACUGUUGUAAUAGAUACCUGUGUUUUUAGUUCCUUAGUUACCUUUUGGUCUUUCUUGGUUUGCUGGGGCCUACAGCUGUAACGUCGCAUAUUAGGACCCAUUAUACCUCCAGGUCCACUCCCAAACUAACCAGCAAAAUGAACAGUACAAUAUUCUAUUAAUUCUCUACACUGUCCAUCCCUGUACUGUCUCCCCCUAAACUGUUCUUCCCUGGAAUAUCCAUCCCUGUACUGUCUCCCCCUAAACUGUUCUUCCCUGUACUGUCCAUCCCUGUACUGUCCAUCCCUGUACUGUCCAUUCCUGUACUGUCCAUCCCUGUACUGUCCAUCCCUGUACUGUCCAUCCCUGUACUGUCCAUCCCAGUACUGUCCAUCCCUGUACUGUCCAUCCCAGUACUGUCCAUCCCUGUACUGUCCAUCCCUGUACUGUCCAUUCCUGUACUGUCCAUCCCUGUACUGUCCAUCCCUGUACUGUCCAUCCCUGUACUGUCCAUCCCAGUACUGUCCAUCCCUGUACUGUCCAUCCCUGUACUGUCCAUCCCUGUACUGUCCAUUCCUGUACUGUCCAUCCCUGUACUGUCCAUCCCUGUACUGUCCAUCCCUGUACUGUCCAUCCCAGUACUGUCCAUCCCUGUACUGUCCAUCCCAGUACUGUCCAUCCCUGUACUGUCCAUCCCUGUACUGUCCAUUCCUGUACUGUCCAUCCCUGUACUGUCCAUCCCUGUACUGUCCAUCCCUGUACUGUCCAUCCCAGUACUGUCCAUCCCUGUACUGUCCAUCCCUGUACUGUCCAUCCCUGUACUGUCCAUCCCUGUACUGUCCAUCCCUGCACUGUCCAUUCCAUCCCAAAAAUGUCACAAGUUAAGUGAGCCUGGGGUGCUCACUUAACUUCAUUUUGAAGAACGGUUGAUGAGAACAGUGAAGGAGUGAACCCGGCAAGGAUAGUGCAUUUGUGCCUGCCUGCCAGACUAUGUUGCUUCCUGUGUCCUUUUGGGUUUCUCUUUUCCGUUUGCAUAUAAGUGCAGGUUUUAAUUAGAAUGAUUGUUUUGAAAUAGCAUUCGGUGUACCAGCUUGUAUUUAUUAUGCUUGAGAGAGGAUGUUGUGUAUUUUGCUGGCCAUGUCACGUUGGAACCAUGUCUUAUUAAAUAAACAUUACCUACCCCUUAGCAGGAACACA